UUUAUCUGCCAUUUAUCCAUGUCUUUCUUUUGUGCUCACUGAUUAGGUGCAUCUAUCCAGUGUGUUCUUUUUAACUUUGUGCCAUAUAGGCCCAACGAUUUGAACAGUUUGGAUUGAAUUACCUAUAUUUCAUAUGUACAGUGGCUUAGCAUAUUAUUGCAAUCAUAGACCGUUGGUUUUGUGUGGACCAUAAAGCUCUUGUCGAAAUCACUGAGAGAAGGUUAUGGUAGUGUGCAUGCAUACGGAUGGUUAUACUCUUUCAGUGUAUUAUUCAUGCUCUUCUCGUUCAAUAGAUGUUCGGUCUUUCUCCUCCUCUUACGCAAAGGUGUCCAAAGGAGAGAACAUUUUCUAAAAGAAGAGUCCAGUACGCUGCUUGGUGGGCCAGCAUGAUUCUUGGCUUGGAAAAUCUUCUAAGUGUGACCCACAUGAUGGACAGCUUGGAUAUCACUCUCACGUGCCAUGAAUGGAGGCAUGUGGAUGGGAUUACAGCUCUAUAUAACGAGCUUCCGUUUUUGGUUUCUCUCUACGAGAAUCAUAGAUAGAGAAGAUUGUAUUUUGAUUAUUGCAAAGACUUCUGUAUCUGUCAAACGACCUUAGCUCCGGAGAGAAGAGAGAGAGCACGCAUGACUGGCCGAGGAGGGAAUGAAUCUGCAGUAGCCGAGGGUGAACUGAAGAACUUUCCACAUGACAUCGAAAGUGCUGGUGAAAAACUCUUUGAUUGCAUUACAAAUCCCAAAGUCUCUUUUAUUCGGGGGUUUGAGGGAGUGGGGAGAUGGAGCAUUGCCGAAUAUCUAAUUCGAAAGUCAAAACAUGUCUUCGAUCUACAAAUACCGGUAAAGCUACUAGGAGAGGAUUUUAGUCUUCAAAAGGCGCAGAAGGAAAUUGCGAGCAAAUUGGGGAUGACGACGUCAACGGAUGGUGACAGUGUUGACGAAGAUGGAAUAGAUACCGAAACUGCGACUGAAAUCUGUACUUAUUUGAUGGGGCAGAAGUUCUUGCUUGUGAUAGGAGAUGUGCUGAAAGAUAUCGAUUUCAAACUUAUUGGAGAUCCACAUCUCAGAAAGGUAUUGCAAAAUGGUUCCGAGAUUGUAUUCGUCGGACCCAAUGACUUGAAAUCCAAUGUGGCCAUUAAGUUAGAGGACUUGUCGAUGGACAUGUUACGAGCAGAGGCAUCAGAUAUUGCUAAUUCUCCUCUGAUCAAGGGCAUUUUCACUCCUGACACUGUCCUGGAUUGCUUCUUUUACCUCUUGCUUUUCCCGGAUUUCUCGAUUGGUGUUGUAUGGCUGAGAUGGCGUUGGAGAGCUGAAGGAUUUAUUAUCACGGAAGAGGGUGAAGAAGAGGAUUUGAUGAUGUUCGACAAGGUGGACGCUCUGUUGAGGGAGCUUCAUGUUCGUUCCAAGGUCGUGUACGAUUAUCCAAAUGUGAAAAUGCCAAAAUCGUUAGCUGAGAAAGCUAAAUCUCUGGUGACAUCGAGACAGAGAAGAGCUUCAACUCAUGGUAGAUUCUGGAUUGAAGAUGGUUCCCUACCAAUGGAGGAUGAUGAGGUGGAAGACAUUCAGAGGAUGGUGGUAUUGAAAAUUCCAAAACUUUCACCUCUUCCUCAAAAAUGCUCCAAACUCUCCACUUUAUUUCUUUCUGGAGGAGAUCUUAUGAUCGAGAUACCAGAAACCUUCUUUGAGCAAAUUCAAGGCCUCCGUGUCCUCCAUCUUGAUGGCAUAGUAAACGAAUCUAUUCCCAAAUCUGCUUCCUGCUUGCACAAUCUCAGAUUUUUGAGGCUGUCAAGCUGCCCUCAUUUACAAACACUCCUCUCUUCAUUUCAGAUUUUUGAUAAACUCGAGUCCCUAGAACUUUCAGAUGGAUUUUAUUCUAUCCCAUCAAUACCAGAUGAAAUCUUUCAGCACAUGAAAAACCUCCGUUAUCUCCAUCUUGAUGAAAUGCAAAUCACUUCACUGCCUUCCUCGAUUUCCAUGCUUCACAACUUGCGGCAGCUCUGUUUAACUGACUUCAAAUAUUUAGAAAGAAUCCCAGAUGAGUUCUUUGAGGAUUUGAGGCAGCUUCGUACCCUCGACCUACGUGGGAAUUCUACGAUGGAAUCUCUACCAUCUUCAAUCUCCGGAUUGGUCAAUCUUAAGGAACUCAUAUUGUUUGAGUGCUCUUCCUUAAAGAUGAAUUUGCUGCCUCAUUUACGAAAGCUCUCAAAACUUGAGGUGCUUGUCAUUCCAAGCUGUCAGUCCGACUAUUACCAAGAUUAUCGAACUGAAAGAAUGUCGGAUCAAGAGGUGCGAGCAGAUGGAGAUUUUCUUUGAAGGAGAUAAUGCAAGUUCCGACUGUUUAAGUCACCUUGAAAAGAUAUGGAUGUCGAACCUUGCAAGACUGAGGAGCCUGUGUGAGGGAACAUAUGCAAGCCGGAGCUUUGCACUUCUAAAGCACAUACAUUUGGACUAUUGCCUGAGACUGGUCACCGUCUUCUCCUCUAGUGUAUUCCUUCAAAGCCUGGAGACGCUUGAGAUCAAAUACUGCUCUAAACUGAAGACUGUGUUUGAAGGGGACACUGCGGCAGAAGGCUCACUGCAACGACUACACACGGUGUUUCUAUGGGAGCUACCAAGGCUAGAGAGUAUCUGUCAUGGCACGUACUUGUCGGCAUUGAAGAAGCUGCAGGUGAGGGGAUGUGGGAUUUUGAAGAAGCUUCCUCUUCGAGCUGGCGACAUGGCUGCUGCUUCUACUUCCACUGGUGGUGGUAGAGUGGAUGUGGAAGGAGAGUCGGAAUGGUGGGACCGUCUCAAGUGGGAAGAUAAGAGGAUUCAGCACCUCAUCAACUUCAAGGAUCCGCGCCCUUUUACCCGGCGUAGAUGAUUCUUCUCUCUUUCUGGCUGUGAUGAAAGGUUCAGAUCCUGUUUUCCUUUUCUUUCUUUUAUUUUUUAUUUUAUUUGUAUGUGUA